GUAUCCGGAGAAGUCCGCGAAUCCGUAAAUUGGCUCGAUAGCAAUGCAGCGGUGGGUGCAGAAAUGGCGGAAAGUCGGUGUCCGUUCUGUAAAAAGUCUGCCGCCGAAGAGCGCGACAGAGUCGGGCAGACAUUCCGCAAAGACGGCGUGAUGGUCCACCAAUACUGCCUGUACUUUGCGGCUGGCCUGCACCAGCGAGGCGAGGAGAGCGAAGGUGUUCAAGGCUUUCUACUGAGCGACAUCCGCAAGGAAGUCAUCAGGGCUUCCAAACUGACGUGCAAAUACUGCCAUCAGAAAGGAGCGGCCACUGGGUGUGUGGUCAAGUCAUGUCGUCAGACGUGCCACGUGCCGUGUGGAAUGGAAAACGGCUUUUUCUUGCAACACCAAGGUCGCUUCGAGGCCUUCUGCCCCGCCCACAGACCAAAGCAGAAGACUUUGCUGGUGGAAGCUGCACUCCUCAAGAGCCAAAAAUGCCCCGCCUGUCUCUUGGAGAUCGACAAGAACCGGCGAGACCAGUUCAAGAUGCUCGUCUGUCCUGUUUGCGAAACCGGUUUCCACAGAAGCUGUGUCCAGCAGCAGGCGUGGCUUGCGGGCCUCGAUUUCUGCAGCUGCUCCAUGUGCAGCAACAGAGAGCUUUUCCUCCGGGAGAUGCUCGAAAUGGGAGUCGAAAUUCCGGAAUAGUACGUUUCUUCAACUGUGGUUCUAGAGAAUGCAUCUCUCCAUUACUAGCACUCUAAACUACAAAUCUAUAAUAAUAUAUUACAGCCCUCUUUUCUUUUUACUUUUUUCACGGAUUCAGUGAUUCUGAUAACCAAAAGGAAAAGCCGUGCAAAGCUGAAAAAUUGCUUCUGUCCCGAUGGAAGGACCUUCUACACCAGGGCAAGUAAAUAUAGGCUCAAGAGUUGUCAGAGUUGCGAGAAAGCACUGGGCCAUCUGGUGUGUGUGAAAGGCCAACUCUGCACUGCCUGCAAGUCUAAGACACCUGCUUCUGCCGACUCUCGUUCCAGUGCCCCGCCCACUAGUAAUGGCCACACCCAUACAGUGGGGGGUUCGACCGAAUCUGGAACUUUGUCUCCGAUCGUGGUGCUGUGUGACUGUCUGAUUUGCAAGGCUAAAGCCGAGUCUCUUCCAUUGCUGAACCACUCACCUGAUCCACUUCUCUCUUCUCAUUCCUCUCCCCCUCCUUCUGACCCUACUCUUCCCUCUCUUCCUUCUACACACCCUUCAUCGCUGCCCUGUUCUGUUUCCUCCAUCCCCACACCCACUACCUCAGUCCCCACAUGCUCUACUUCAUCCCUACCUCCCUUUCACUCCUCUUCCCUCCCUACAUCCUCUUCCUCUCCCUUCCCUCUGUGCACCUCCCCUCCCUCUUACACCAUGACAUCAACGGCACCCUCCCUGUCUGUGUCACAGCCCGCUCCCCCUCAUCCUACUUCUUCUCUCCUCUCUCCCCCACAUCCUUCCUCUCUCCCUUCCACCUCAACUACAAUCGCUACGUCAACCGUUACUCCCAUACCUCCACCGAAACGACGUUUAACACCUGCCGAAAUUCUCCAAAUCGCAGCAUCUCUUCCGCUUCUCUCAACUCCCGGUUCCCCUCUACCUCUCUUCUCUGCACCCCCUGCCCCUCCACCAAUGAUUGUGGAAUCCCCUGUCACACUCUCUAGCCUCUUACAUUCCUCGCAGAACCCUCCCGCGACUUCGAUUAGAGUCGCUGAAAACAGGAGAGUCAGCGUUCAACCCCCACCACCCACCUUCCCGUUUCUUCCUCUUUAUCCGCAUCAC